UCAUCGGGGAUGCGGAUGGAAGGACGGGAGAGGGGCGAAGAAGGGACGAAGGGGGGCGAGCGCGCCUGGGAAAAGACGACACCGCAUGCGAGAAGUCGCUAAAAAAAAAAAAAAAAAAAAGAGAGAGGAAAGAUAGAUAAGGAGGCGCAAGGUCGAAUAUGAGCCAUCGUGGUCGAACGGACGGGGCACUUUGCGUGGCGAUAGCUGGCUGGCAAUAGUACUAUGAUUUGGUAUGUGGCCACUCUGAUAGCAAGUGUAUUCAGCACCAGAGGAACGGCCGCUCAAGGUGCCCACGGAGUGAGAGAGGAGCCUCGGUUUGUGACGGCGCGUGCCGGAGAGAGCGUGAUCCUGGGGUGCGACGUGUCCCCUCCCCUGGAUGGCCAGCAGCCCCCCUACGUAGUGGAGUGGUUCAAGUUUGGAGUGCCUAUUCCCUUCUUCAUCAACUUCCGCUUCUACCCUCCCCAUGUCGACCCAGAAUACACAGGUCGAGCCGCUCUGCACGGGAAGGCCUCCCUGCAGAUCGAGCCGGUGCGCUCGGAAGACCAGGGCUGGUACGAGUGCAGGGUCCUGAUGCUGGAGCAACAGUACGACACCUUCCACAACGGCAGCUGGGUGCACCUAACGGUCAACGCUCCGCCAACAUUUACAUCGACACCGCCGCAGUAUGUGGAGGCAAAGGAAGGGGGCAGCAUCCUGCUCAGCUGUUCUGCCCAGGGAAACCCCAAACCCGUGAUCAGCUGGCUGAGGGAGGGAGAGGAGCUGGCCACCAAUGCUAAAUACUCGGCACACGACGGAAGCCUGACCAUCCUCGGCAUCACCCGCGACGACAGGGGGGCGUACACAUGCAGAGCCUACAGCGACCAAGGGGAGGUGCUGCACACCACCCGUCUGCUGGUGCAAGGACCUCCGUUCAUUGUCUCCCCACCAGAAAACAUCACCGUCAACAUAUCCCAGAAUGCACUCUUCACCUGCCAAGCCGAGGCGUAUCCUGGAAACCUGACCUACACCUGGUUCUGGGAGGAGGAGAACGUCUACUUCAAGAAUGACCUGAAAGUGCGAGUGCGCAUCCUAAUUGACGGCACCCUCAUCAUCUUCCGAGUCAAGCCGGAGGACGCCGGAAAAUACACAUGCAGCCCGAGCAACAGCCUCGGCAUCUCGCCAUCCGCGUCGGCCUCCCUGACCGUUCAGUACCCGGCCCGGGUGAUCAACAUGCCCCCGGUCAUCUACGUCCCCCGCAAACUGCCAGGCACCAUCCGCUGCCCGGCCGACGCCAACCCACCCGUGACGUCGGUGAAGUGGGAGAAAGACGGCUACCCUCUGAGAGUGGAGAAGUACCCCGGUUGGAGCCUGACGCAGGACGGGAGUAUUCGAGUAGCCGAGGCCACCGAAGACUCCCUGGGCACCUACACCUGUGUGCCUUACAACGCCCUGGGUACCAUGGGCAUGUCCCCCCCUGCCACUCUGGUGCUAAAGGAUCCCCCUUACUUUAAUGUGAGGCCUGGGGGGGAGUACCGACAGGAGGCUGGCAGAGAGUUAGUAAUCCCGUGUGCUGCUUCUGGAGACCCCGAUAUUCCUAGCAUCACUUGGAGAAAGGUCGGGAAGCCGAGCCGGAGCAAGCACAACAUUCUCCCCAGUGGCAGCUUACAGUUCAUGUCGCUCAGCAAGGAGGACCAUGGAGAGUGGGAGUGCGUUGCUACCAACGUGGUCACGAGCAUCACUGCCAGCACCAGGAUCCUGGUCAUAGGCACCAGCCCACACGCUCCCGGCAACAUCCAUGUUGUGCCCUCGACCACCUCCGCUAAUGUGUCCUGGGAACCGGGCUACGACGGCGGCUUCGAGCAGACAUUUUCUGUGUGGUAUGGUCCAGUGUCAAAGAGAGUGGACUUCGGUCCUCACGACUGGCAUUCGAUGCCGGUUUCUGGUGCUCAGACGUGGUUGUUGGUGACAGGGCUGGAGCCUGGGACAGAGUACCAGUUCAGUGUGCUGGCACAGAACAAGCUGGGCACAGGCCCAUUCAGCGAAGUUGUGACAGUCAACACUGCAGGCUCUCCCCUGGGUACCCCAGAACCACUGGUGCUUCUUACCCCACCACGGUGCCUCACCGCCAACCGCACGCAGCACGGUGUCCUCCUCACCUGGCUCCCCCCGGGCAACCACUCCUCGCCCAUAAGCCGCUACAUCAUGGAGUUCCGCCUCGGGGAACGAUGGGAGACCCUGGACGACCUGAUCCCGUCCACCGAGACCGAAUUUGUCGCCAGAGAACUGGUUCAGGAGUCCUGGUAUGAGUUUCGAGUGAUGGCAGUCAUGGAAGACCUGAUCAGCGAGAGCAGCAAUGUAGUGGGAGUGUCCAGCACGGAUCCCUUCCCCCCCGCAGAGGUGGCUGACGAGGGGCUGGCUCGGCCUGUGGUGGCGGGCGUGGUGGCAACUAUCUGUUUCCUGGCGGCGGCCGUGCUCUUCAGCACUUUGGCGGCGUGCUUCGUCAACAAGCAGCACCGGCGCAAGCUCAAGCGCAAACCUGAUCCUCCCUUGUCUGUGACACACUUCAGGAAGAGCGUGGAAUCACCGCCUCCUCUCACCCCCUUGCCAGGGGUAGAGCCCUGCUGGGACGACCCUGCCAGGAGCACUUUCUUGCCCCCGCCCGCCAGCCCCCUGUUGUCAUCAGGGAAGAUAAGCCCGGAGAGCUCCCCGCCAUCUCGGCCACGCUCCAUUUCUUCCGAGGGCUCCCAUGGUCCCGGGUUGUACGUCAGGAAGCUACCCAGCCCCCAGCGGGACAAGGACAAGGAGCUCUCCUUCUACAAGAAAACCAAGCGUGCCAUAGCCAGCAAGAAGUACAGCGUGUCCAAGCAUGAAGCGGAAGUCACCACACCCAUUGAGCUGAUAUGCCGCGGGCCCGACGGCCGCUUCGUCAUGGAAACCAGCCCGCUGCAUCGCCGCAUCCAGGGCUUCCCUUUCGCUGAGGAGUCCGACCUGUACCCCGAGUUCCGACAGUCCGACGAGGAAAAUGAUUUCGACCCUGGGCCUCUGCCGCCCAUCAUGCCCACGCUGCGACCCCAGCUCUCACCGACGUCCUCCAGCCUGGAGUCCACGCAGCCCCCCACCUACAGCCCCCACCUGCACAGGGCCAUGGAAGGUAUGAGCUUUGCAGAGGGCAGUGCACUUCACGCUUCAGGGCAGGCACCAUCCGCCCGCUACAGGGGCUUCCCCCAAGGUCCCUUCUAUGGGUAUCUAGGCAGCUGCGUUGAAUCAGGGAUUCCACCACCAUUCUACAUGCCUGACAUCAGCCCGCAUAGCUCCGCUCUGUCCUCCCCCCCGGGCACCGCUGAGGGGCCCUUUGGCUACCCCUCCAUCCCUGAGGAGAGCGGAGAGAUGGAGCACCAUCAGUACACUGCCUCCGGCCAUUCUCUGUCUCACACUCACAGCCCUCCCCCUCACUCACCUGAUAGCUGGGAGCCUCAUGCGUUACCCUUCCUGGGUCUGGAGGGUCCGCGCUUCAUGUUCCCACCUCACCAUCCUUUACAUCAUCCUCCGGACAUGCCCGACCCACCCUCGUACCCCUCUCACUCGCUCCCGCCCGGUCGCCUCCACCUCCCUCCCCUGACGGAUCCGACAAGCCCGAGACUCCUGCAGCUGGAGGUGCCUGUGGCUCCCCCAGGCAGAGACAGGCCCCCGGUUAGGCGUUUAGCUAUGCAACAGGCCCAAAGUCUCGGCCAGCUCAGACACACGGCCCACGGAGUGGGCGUACCAGUGUUGCCUUACCCUGACCCGACAGUCCGUGCAGGGAGCCCAAGCACAGCCCCCAGUAGUAGUCCCCAGUCCUGGCUCAGCCCGAGGGCGGAGCGCCGAGCAGACCCCGGCCUGCCCCCCUUAGUACUCCAACCGUCCCGCCUGUCCCCGCUCUCCCAAAGCCCCCUUAGCACCCAGCCAGGCUCUCCAGAUAUUCUCGUGCGUCCGCCUCCACGUCCCGGCAUCCUCCGCACCUCUAGGUCUCUGGAGAUGCCCGAGCUCACCCUGCAGCCCUCGGCCAGCUUCUCCCGGAGAUCCUCCCUGACCACCUCUCCCACUCUGAGUCAGAGCGGCAAGCAGACCAGCCCCGGUUAUCCCUCGGCACACAUGUCCUACGCCUCCACGGCAGCCAGUUACCCCUCGCAGUCCCCCUCUCCCCCGCCGGAGGGCAGGGAUGUUUUUGGGCAAAGGCCGUCCCAGAGAAGGACAGAGGAGGAGAUGCUACCCUCAGAGCCCUCCCAGCUCCAAAGAUCAGCCUCAGGGGACCCUCUAGGUGGGGCUGGUGAUGCUGCUGUUGGGUUUGAUAGUCUACCAGCACUGCUGCACCACUGUAUCACUAAAGCCAAGGGAGUGGCUACCAACAACAAUAACAACGCGACCUCCGCGAGGAGAACCGGUGUGGCCCCCUGUCAGACCCAGCAGCCAUGUCAGACACCCCACCAGGACGAGGUGCUCAGCAGAAUGAGGAAAAGGCAAACCAAGAACAACCCCUAUCUCUAUUUGACCUCCUUGCUGCAUCGCAGGCGCUCAGAGGACGACCAGACAGGCAUCCUCACCGGCGCUGACUUGGAGGGCCCCAAUUACGGGACCCUCCGCUGACCCAAGGGGUCAAGCCAUUGAACUCGACUUAAGGCCACCUCAGCCUGCCGUGCUCUACCCCUACCACACCCUGAUCUUAGUAUCCAGCUGAUAGCUUUCCUAUCAUCUCUAGAGCUGAUGGGGGUUUAAUGGAGGCAUCGACGUGAGUACAUGAACAAUCAGUUUGACUUCCCUCCAUCUCACUUGAAAAGAUAUAUAAUGUAUAUAAAUAGUUAAAACAAGGGAGUGAAGUUCUGUUCUACAGUAAUAAAGACAUUUUUUCACUCACGCAGGAGGGGGCGGGCAGGGGUCCAUAUGUUUUUCCAGUGAUACAGUGUACUGUUACGCCAAGUGUGUCCACUCACCGACUUUUCCUACAAUACAAAUAGUGUCAGUAUAUAAACACAGGGUUCUUACCACCAAAUAUACCUCAGAGUAAACGCAGAGUUUCUGUAAUUCUUGUGGUAUACUGUACGUACUUGACCUUUUUACAUAUGGAGAAAAAAAGACUAAGGUUUGGAUCAUGCGAUGAGCUCGUUUUUUUUUUUCUGACACGUUAGCUAACGUUUGGUUCUCGUUAUUAGCUUGUGUUCAUUUAGCGGUACUAUCCACUGAGACUGUGUCUUAAUGUGUCGAUGUUAAGAUGUCGGACUCGCCUGGCGGUGGGUGGUUCUUAGACGAACAGGGUGUUCAAUCGUAAAAUGUUGCGUAGGAUGAAGUUCACUUGUGACGCGUGGCACAUCUGGAGGUGCCUUUUUUUGCCUUUGCGCUUGUCUUUUUUCUAGCUUAAACUUGCCUUUUCCGUCGCCUUCUCACAUUAGUGUCAUUGGAGAGGAUGCUAAAACUACUGUUCUUCUGUUUGCCAGAGAAGCAUGGCUCCUGUUUUGUUUGUUGGCUUUUUAUAGUUUCAGCUUCCGAGUCGAUAUGAAACGCACAGGCCUGUCGAAAGGGGAAAAAAGGCAAAUAAAUAAACCAAUAAAUAAAAGUUUAUGCAGAUGGAAUAAAGGUGCUGCAUGUUAAAUAGAAACUUAGCAAGCAUAGGAUGCCUCAUAAAGCUGGAAAGUGCUAAAAGCAAUGAAUACGAUACAGCGGACCCUCAGGAGUCGAACUUAGUUGAAACUUCAGUUUAUUAUUAUUAUUUUCCCCAUAAGAAAUUAUUGAAGUGACAGUGGGCAACUCCAACCUCCACAUCAAUCUUUUCACUACCUUAAUUCCCACAAAUAUUGGCACUUUUUCUAAUAGAAGUCAUGCCUCAAAUACUCAUCUUUUGCAUCAUCAACUUGAAUAAAAAAAAACACCACAACCCAAAUAUGCUACCAGGAAAUAAAAGUGUAAUAACCAUAAUUAUCUUAAUGCAUGGACGCUAUUGUUCACGCACAGACAAGCUGUGUCCUUUGCGAGCCAAAACAGCAGCACCUACCGAGCCACUCUGACAGAAGCCGUGCCUCAAAUACUCACCGGCUGUAUCGUAAACUUGAACAAAUAAACGGCUUAUUGCAAAUAUCCCCCAAAUAAGUCUUAACUGUAAUUAUCUGAGCACAUAGACGUGUCGUUAUUGUUCAAACACAUUCAAGACUUCACUAGAUCUUAGUGAUGUAGGGAUGGCGUCUUAAAUGACGAGCAGCAUUCCAGUGGACGCUGAACUGUGGUCACUCCACAAGCUUGUGUGCAUCCAUGUUUAUGCCCCUGUAAAUAUGGUUGUAAUAAUAGAAGCUAGCUGGAUGGUGGUUCGCUAGCAGCUAAAGUUAGCAAUGGACUCCAUUGCCUGAAGUUCACUGUCUCUUCAGCCUCACAAUCUUCAUUAUGCUCACUCAAUUUUGGCUAAGAUGGUGAUCUAUGAUAUGACAAUGACAAUGAAGUUUUUAUGCAACUUUUAAUACAUGUUUUCCCCAAAAUUGAAUUACAAAUUGAACAACCAUUGCAUUCAGAUUUUGAAUCAUCGCUUAAAUCCUUUCUCGGGGUUGAACUGUUCACCAUCAUAAAUUGUCUAAUAUUUUAAGUCACAUUAAAGUUAAAUGAAUCAUUAUUACCUGUGUAAUGGUACGCCAAAAAUUUCAGUCUCGUACCUUGGUUUUUAGGUCACGGUUCGUUUCACAUCGGGUACAGAAAGGGAACAAAAUGCUAAAUUAUGCAAACAUUUUGCAUAAAAAGGAACAAAUCCAAUCAAGGAAAAACAAACUGAUAGCAGUAAAUUCUUAGAGAGAAAAAGAUUUAAAAAAUCUAUACAAUACAAUAAGAGUAAAUAUUGGAAAAUGUAUAGGAGCUAAAAUAUUUUAUUUUUAGGAAAGUGCAACAUCAAUUUUGUCUUCUUUUUUAGGAAAUUAAUAAUGCACACAAGUGUGACAGUAACAGUGACAAUCUGGCUUGAUCUGUUUCAAUGCCUCUAGGAUUUACAUUUAUACCGUCAUUCCCCCCCCCCCC